AUGUACAACAACAAUGCGUAUCAUGAGCAGUAUCCUGCCGGAGCCGAUAUGAUGAACGUUACUUACUCUUACCAGCAAGCUCCCGCGCCUUCAUCCGUACCGUCCGAAACCAACUUUGUCCGAUCCACCGAAGGUUUUCCUCGGAGUGUGCUGGACAGAGCCACAGCUGCGAAAUUGAGACUAGAACACAACUAUAAAGCAGCGCUUCAACAAGCCAUUGAACGUAAUCAAAGACGCACCGAACUCGAGCAAAAGUUAGCCAAAGAGCCAGGCAGCAGCGAAAAAAAGAAUCGUCAGUUACAAUCCUUAGGACGGAAAGAAUCGCAAUACCUUCGUUUGCGUCGAACUCGAAUGGGAUUAGAUGAUUUUAUUACGGUCAAAGUGAUUGGCAAAGGUGCUUUCGGCGAGGUACGACUCGUUCAAGCCGCCGAUACUGGCAAGAUCUACGCCAUGAAGACAUUGAAAAAGUCUGAAAUGUUAAAAAAGGAUCAGCUUGCUCACGUCAAAGCGGAACGAGAUGUGCUUGCGGAAUCCGAUUCUCCUUGGGUGGUGCAACUUUACUUUUCGUUUCAAGACACACAAUACCUCUACCUGAUUAUGGAGUUUUUACCCGGAGGCGAUCUGAUGACAAUGUUGAUCAAAUAUGAUACCUUUAGCGAGCCAGUGACUCGAUUCUACAUUGCAGAGUGCGUACUUGCGCUAGAAACGAUUCAUAAGUUGGGCUUUAUUCACCGCGAUAUCAAACCCGACAAUAUUCUCAUUGAUAAAGAUGGACAUGUCAAACUUUCCGAUUUUGGUCUUUCAACGGGCUUCCACAAAACGCACGAUUCACAGUACUAUCAACGACUAUUGGAAGGCGCUCAGCACGCGAGUGGCACGGAAAGCAUCAAUCUGAACAUCCUUAGCACCAAGGAAAAGAUCGCUACGUGGAAAAAGAAUCGACGAGCAUUGGCUUAUUCCACGGUAGGAACACCGGACUACAUUGCUCCCGAAAUCUUUUUGCAGAGAGGAUAUGGUCAAGAAUGCGAUUGGUGGUCGUUGGGAGCCAUCAUGUUUGAAUGUCUUUGCGGUUACCCACCCUUCUGUUCCGAGAAUCCUCAUGAAACGUAUCGAAAAAUUAUGAACUGGCGUGAGACAUUGAUUUUCCCUGACGAUCAACCCAUCAGUCGCGAAGCCGAAGAUCUGAUUCGACGCCUCAUCUGUAACCCUGAGCAUCGUUUGGGUCGCAAUGGAGCCGAUGAAAUUAAAGCCCAUCCUUUCUUUUACGGAGUGAAUUGGGAAAAUAUUCGAAAUGAACCAUCACCGCACGUUCCUCAGUUGCGCAGUAUCACUGAUACCAGCUAUUUCCCGACCGAUGAGCUGGAAGCUGUGCCUGAUGCAGUGGACAGUAAUAUGCAUGGUUAUCAAACGGACUCGCUUAACACGCAAAAGGAUCUUGCCUUCGUCGGUUACACCUACAAGCGGUUCGAUUACCUGACGCGCAAGAAUAUUUUGUAG